AUGUCCGUGCCAGACGUUGUUGAAGAAGGAGAAGUGGGAAAUGUGGAAGAAACGAGCGCGCGAAAUUUAUUCAAUAUGGCAAAUUUCGCAGACGAUGAGCCGGAAAUCAACAUCACACAAACGCGAGCCGAUCACAUCCCGGAUUUGUCCAGAUUCACGAGCUUAGAAGGAUUGGUAAUGCGGAGUAAUUUGCUGAAGGAAAUCUCACCGUCGAUCUCAAAUGUUGUGGCGUUGACUGAGUUGGAUCUAUACGAGAAUCAAAUCACGAAAAUCGAGUGGCUUCAAAAUUUGGUGAACCUGGAGAAAUUGGAUUUGAGUUAUAACAGAAUCACGAAAAUUGAAGGACUUGAAAAUUUGACGAAAUUGGAUACGCUUUACCUCGUUCACAAUAAAAUCAAAGUUAUUGAGGGAUUGUCAACGUUGAUUGACCUGGAAAUACUUGAACUUGGCGAUAACGAAAUUCGGAAAAUUGAAAACUUGGAAAAUUUGAGGAAAAUUCGGCGACUAUAUUUGGGAAAGAACAAAAUUCGUCAAAUUGAAGGAAUUGCCCAUAUGACGGAGCUAAAUAUUCUAAGUGUACCUGGUAAUCGACUUGUGAAAGUAGAAAAUGUGCAAACAAUGACGAAAUUGAAAGAGAUUCAUCUAAGUGAUCAAGGAAUUGACGACUUGAGCGGAGUUAGCGCGUUGAAAAAUUUGGAGGUUGUUGAUGUCGGCAAUAAUCAGCUGAAGGAACUUUCUGGAAUUGAAUCAUUGACCGAGCUUACUGAUUUUUGGGCAAAUGACAACAAGAUCGAGAAUUGGAAAGAAAUCGAAAAGCUCAAGGAUUUGGCCAAUUUGGAAACCGUUUAUUUUGAGCGGAAUCCAAUCUAUCAUUCGGAUAUGACCGGCUACAGGAGAAAGGUAAAGCUCGCUCUUCCCCAAGUGUCACAAAUUGAUGCCACAUUUGUGAAA